CCGUUAAACUGCCAUGGCGGCCUUUCCCGCCGCUCUCGUCGUCCUCCUGCUGGAGGCCUCAGUGCCGCCGGUGCGCGGGCGGCGGGAGGCCCAGGCUUUCGAGGCGGCCUCGGCGCUGUCGGCGGUGGAGUUCGGCAAGGCGAACAGCAGCAGUGAGCGGGGGGGACCGGGGGACCGGGAGCUGCCGGUGCUGCUGUGGUGGAGCGAGGAUCUGUUCCCGCAUUUCCCCGGCGGGGGGAGGACGUCGGAGCGGAUCGAGUGCGGCCCGACCCCGGGGCGGGGCCCGGCCUCAGGCCGCGCCUCCUGCCUGGUCACCCGCAGCAAGCGGGCCCUGGGUCACCGGCGGACGGCCGCCGUGCUGUUCUACGGCACGGAUUUCCGAGCGGACCGGGCGCCGCUGCCCCGCCGCCGCCGCCACACCUGGGCCCUGUUCCACGAGGAGUCGCCGAUGAACAACUACCUGCUGUCGCAGGCCGCCGCCAUCCGCCUGUUCAACUACACCGCCACCUUCCGCCGCCACUCGGACUACCCCCUGGCCCUGCAGUGGCUGCCCGCCGCCCGCUACCUCCGGCAGGCGCCCGGCACCUCCCUCAGCCGCAAGAACCAGCUCCGCCGCCGCGGCGCCGCCCCCGUGCUCUACCUGCAGUCCCACUGCCCCGUGGCGUCCGACCGCGACCGCUAUGUGCGGCAGCUGAUGGAGCACCUGCAGAUUGAUUCUUACGGCCAGUGCCUGCAAAACAAGAAUCUGCCUAAUGAUCGAUUGGUCGACACACUAACAGCCACAACUGAAGAUGCAGAGUUCAUGAAUUUCAUAAGCCAGUACAAAUUUCACCUCGCCAUGGAGAACGCGAUAUGUGACGAUUAUAUGACUGAGAAACUAUGGCGCCCAAUGCACUUGGGAGCUGUGCCGAUCUAUCGCGGUUCCCCAGUGGUCCAGGAUUGGAUGCCCAAUUCACAUUCUGUAAUUCUAAUCGACGACUUUGAAUCGCCAAAGGAUUUAGCAGACUAUAUCAACUUCCUUGACCAAAAUGACAAUGAGUAUUUGAAGUAUCUAGAGUACAAACAGCCAGGUGGCAUCACUAACACUUUGCUGCUGGAGAGUUUGGAAAAGAGGGAAUGGGGCGUGAAUGAUAUUAACAAGCCUAACUAUUUGAAUGGAUUUGAAUGCUUUGUUUGUGAGAAGGAAAAUGAAAGAUUGCAGGCAGAGGAAGCUCACAGACAGCAGCCAGAUAAGUUUAAAAUGCCAGCCCCUCGAAUAGCUGCUUACAAUCAUAUGGGCUGUCCACUUCCAGUCCCUGGGCAUGGAAGCAUUGAUGAGAUUCCUGAAAAUGACAGUUGGAAAGAAAUGUGGCAUCAAGAUUACUGGCAGAGUCUCGACCAAGCUGAAGCCUUAAGCAAUAUGAUUCACCAAAAUGAGACUGACCCAAGUAAACUAUGGGAUUAUGUUCAUCAACUAAUAAUGAAGAGGAACAGACACUGACAGUUGGACUACUGCUUGAGAAUCGGGCCGUUGGAAAAACACUACCACUUGUAUCGCAAUUUGAGAAUGCAAUUCUCAUUAACUUUAUGGACACUUUUUUAUAUAUAGAUAUAUUUUUUAUUGAAAACAAGUUCUUAUAGCUUUUGUAGGAAUCAAUGGUCUUGCUGUUUCCAUUUGUGCUAAAUAUGGUGCUAAAUGGUUAGUGCAAAACUGGUUUCAAUUCGCAGGACAUGGUUUGAGUUUGAAGUUUUAAAAUGUGAAGGUAAGUUUCAAGCAUAUUAUCGCCUCCAAUCAGGCAAAGGUUACAACUUAAAUACCCUCUUCUGCAAUAUAUAGAGAUAAAUAUUUUUAAAUGAUCAUGAAUAUUACAACAUUUAACAUUUAUACAAGUUAAAUUUAAUAUUCUUUAUUCCUUUCAGAAGGACAAAAAGAGUUUUAAACAAGAAAUUUACAUGAUUUCUGCAGCAUACAAAUGCAUCAUUUGGUCCAACAUAAGCCUCUAUCAAUAUAAGCUUUUUUUUUCCCUCAAUCUUGUGAAUAUGUAGCUUCCCCUUGGAAACCUUAAUUCUAUUUGCUUCAUUGUUGAGUUCACAUUCUUGCCAUUUUCUAAGUGAAGAAGUUUCUCCAGGAUUCCCAUUUGAAGCGACUGUUAUAUUUAUGAUUCCUCCAAAUGUUGUCUACAUUGAAGAAAUUGGUAGCCUGAUGGUAGUACUGCCAUUGGACUAGUAAUCCAGAGGUCUAGGUUAAUGUUGUGAUGCCAUGUUAACUCCUAACAUGGCAUGAAUUCAAGUACAAUUAUUAAACCUGGGUUUAUAAAGAGUUUUAUGGCUGUUAUCAGCUAGACUAUCAUCAAUUGUUGUAAAACUUCAUCUGAUUCACUGAUACGUUUUAGGGAGGGAGAUCCUGGUUUGAACUACGUUGAUUCCAGGCCAGCAGCGAUGAGGCUGAAUGCUAAUCUCCCUCUGAAGUGACCUCCUUUCAGGGUAUUUGAGGAUGAGUAACAGGUGCUGGCCUUGUAGCUUCACCUACAUCCAUGAAAGAACAAAAAGCAUCUCAAUCUUAACCUGCUCUGUUAAGUACUUCUCGUCCUCCUGUUCUAAAGAAGACUCCCUCAUAUGAAUGGUAUUCCCCAAUAUCUGUAUCUUGGCUUUACCAUCUUUGUGAAUCUUUUGUUUUAGCUCUUAUCCUUUUUUUUCUUAAACCUUUUUUGCAACGUGAAUAUCAGAAUCCUCCACCAUAUUGGGCAGCACGGUGGCACAGUGGUUAGCACUGUUGCCUCACAGCGCCAGAGACCCGGGUUCAAUUCCCGCCUCUGUGUGGAGUUUGCACAUUCUCCCCGUGUCUGUGUGGGUUUCCAUCGGGUGCUCCGGUUUCCUCCCACAAUCCAAAAAUGUGCGGGUCAGGUAAAUUGGCCAUGCUAAAUUGCCCGUAGUGUUAGGGCAGAGGAAUGGGUCUGGGUGGGUUACGCUUCGGAGGGUCGGUGUGGACUUGUUGGUCCGAAGGGCAUGUUUCCACACUUUAAGUAAUCUAAUCUAAUCAUAUUGUAAUCCAAACAUGGUCCAACCAAGGUUUUAUAUAAGCUCAAUGCAACUUUACUUGAAUUCAGUUGCACUAGCUAAUCUGCUCUGCUCUGGCAUUGCCACGUUGAGGUAAGAUCAAGUGUAGACUUCAGGUCAUGGGGUACUUCAGUUAAAAGGGUAAUGAAGCUAUGACAUGCUGUAAUUUAGCCCUCUGUAAAACCAGUGCUUUCUGUUGUUUUUAUGACAUUUUAUCUGCAUUUGUAAUAGGACCAGCUAGUGUAAGCGUAUUACAUUAAUGCAGGUGUGUAUUUUAUUGUAUAAAACAGUUGCCACAAUACAUUGGGGCAAUAGAAAUGUUAUAUUGGGAAAGUUAUUUUUAAUAUAUUCCAGAUGUUGAGUGUGGAGAAUUAAAACUGACAAAAUAAUUUGAAAGCAGAAGAGUUUCCAGUCCUGAAAUGUGCUGCAUAUGGGUCUAACGUAACAGGGAAAGACUGUCUAACUUUUAUAUCCAUCUGGACGGAUGGUAGAAGAAGCUAUAAAAACCAUGUCCAUAAAUAUGUUCUUGAGGCAUGCCGUCUGUAUUGUACCUUGGGGGUUGCCAUUGUAGACCUUUUUUUUUGAAGAUUCAUUAUGUGCCAACUUGGAAAUGCAUCCUCUGUCUUUUCAAGGUUACUUGAUCGUUUAUCAUUUGGUCACUGGAGGUGCAGUGCUUCAGGGUUUCUUGUACACUGCUCAGUGAUUGACAGUGCCAAUGUUGGAGCAGGGUUAAUUGGUGCCUGAGGGACACCAAAGCUCCAUUUCAAAAUUCAGCAGCUCAGUUUCUCAGGUUUUCAGUCAUUUCCCAAGCUUUAUAAAAUAUGAAUCUUGCAGUUGAGGUAUGAUUGAUUAACCCCAUAAAUCAAAAAGGCUAGUUCUGUUAUGUUGAGAGCUUUGGCUAUCUUUGACUCAAUAUUAACAGUUUACAGUCCAAACAAUGACAAAGAACCGUGGUAAGAGAAUAAUCAGAGGAUUGAAAUCAUUUUAAACUUUUGGAAAAAGUCCUCCUGUGGGUAGAGGAAGUUCUUAAGUUACUUGAAGAAACUGCAAUUUGACACAGGCAUGGGAUGAAAUGUAUAGGGUGUUUGACGUGAGCACUUGCAUUGACUGCAGAUGUCACAGUUGUUUUCAGAAUACACGGUGACUGCUUGUUUUAUUUAAAAGUUCAUUGUAUCACUAGAACCAUGUCAUCAAAUUGAUAUUGCUGCCUCCUCCCAUUAAAUAUUUUUCUUUAAUUUGUGUAAUCCUUCUAUAAAUCGGUGAGUAGUGAGAUGGACAUGUUACCUCAUGCCAAAGGCACUGUACCUCACUCUUUGCUUACUAACUAUGGAAUCGACUGCUGAACCACUUCCCUAUGUCUCCCAAGUGUUGGUGGGACAUAACACACUGAUUUAUAACACAUUGUGUUAAAACUCCCAAGUGCUUAUUUGAGCAAAGUGGGGCCUGAACAUAUUGGAAUAUUUUGUACGCACAACUGUCUUUUGUUGAACAAAUGGGUGGAAGAGCUGAACUUAACUUGCACACUUUUGAAGCAAUUCACAUUUAAAUAAAUGGAUGCCAAAGAAUUAUUUUAAAUUAAUUGCAUGGUACACUAAAAAUGCAGACACUCAUCAUUUGAGUAUUAUGUGCCAUGGACUUUGCUUGCUUAAUGGAGGUUAGAGGGCUGAGAGAUAAAUAAGAGUGUGGGGCUGGGGGGUGCAGUAGGUGGGAAUGUGGUAGAUACAUGCAGGUGCGGGAUGAUUGUUAGGUUGGUGGGGAGAAUGGAGUGGGCAGGUCGGUGCAGAGGACAUCCCAGGUGGCCGCCUAUUUCCAUGACCAUAAUUCUCCUCCCAUAUGAUCAAUAAUACCCUCCAGUACAUCUCCUCCACUUCCCACAUCUCAGCCUUAAACACUCCUCCAACCUUCCAUGCCACCAGUCUCCAGUUUUAGAACAUUAUCCUCUGCCAUUUCUGCUGACUACAAUCAUCCCACCACCAGAGAUAUAUUUCUCUCCCAUCCCUUAUCUGCAUUCCACAGAAACCAUUCCCUCCAUUACUCACUUGUUAGAUUCACACCCCACCCUCCACACUCAGCACCUUUCUUUGAUACUACAAGAGGUGUAAAACCUACACCCACACCUCUCACCUCUGUCUAAGGCCACAAAGGAUCUUUUCACCUCCGGUUGAGAUUUUCCUGUACUUCCACCCACCACCUCUACUGUGUCCGUUGCUUUUGAUGUGGCCUCCUCUACGUCAGAGAGACCGGGCCAGCUGUGUUUCAGGGACCAUCUCUGGGACACAUGCUCCCUACAACCCCACUGCCCAGUGGCUGACCACUUCCAAUUCCACCCCCAUAUACACACACACACACACGCUGUCAAGGGCAUGCAAGUCCUGGGCCACCCCCACUGCAAGCCUAAACCACCCGAUGAUUGGAGGAAGAAUGCCUCAUCUUCUACCUUGGGACCCUUCAACCACACAGCAUUAACAUCGACCUCACCAGUUUCCAAAUCACGUCUUCCCACCGUCCACCUCGUCCCAGAUCCAACCCUCCAACUCUGCACCGCCCUUUUGACUUGUCCUACCUGUCCAUCUUCCUUCCCAUCUAUCUGCUCUACCCUCCCCGCCAACCGAAAACAAUCACUCCCCACCUGCAUCUACCCACUGCCUUCCCAGCUACCCCCACAUUCCUGAUGAAGGGCUUAUGCUUGAAAUGUCGACUCUCCUGUUCCUCAGGUGCUACCUGACCUGUUGUGCUUUUUCAGUGCCUCACUUUUCUGCUCUGACUCAUCAGCAUUUGCAGUUCUCAUUUUCUCCUGGUCAUUUAUUGUUAGUUUGAUCCAUGAGUUCUUUUCCUGUUUGGUUAUAUUUUGUACACCAGUGGUUUUCAAUUUCUGCUAAUGCCUGUAACUGUGGAUAAUGUAACCUCAUCUGAAAUGUAAAGUCAUGGGUGCAUUAUGAACCUAAGUUAGAUAAGAGGGGAAUGGUUUUCUUCCUCUCAAGCAGCUGGCUACACUUAACCAUGACACUAGUAAUUAGCAUCUCUGAAGUCAUGUUGAUGUAGAAGGAGGCCAUUUGUGCCUAUGCCACUAUUUAUUUUGCAAAGCUAAAAGAAAUAUCUAAACAGUUUUGUAUGCUGUGGUAUUAAUAUUAUAUAAUCUAUUAUUUUUAUAAAUAGUAAUACUAACAGUAUUGAACGUUUUGCACAAAUGUAGUUAUUGCUAUGCCAGACAUGGCUAGUUAAUUUAUUGUCUGUUUCAUUAUUAUUAUGCAUAUUUGUCAGAAAUGCUGUCUCUGUAAUGAGUUUACUCUGAUGUGAAGUGCCAGUUAAUGUUAUUAGAAAUAGCCCUGACUGAGGACUUCGUUUGAUUUUUAGAUCAUGUACAAGAAGAAAAGAAGUUGUUAUCCAAGUAUUCAUGUAGAUAAAGUCAGUUUAAAAAAUGAAAAAUUAAAUUUGUUGAAUUUCA